AAAGACGUUAAUACUGAACUAGCAAAACAGUCAUCAUAAUUGAUUAAAAAAUGGAUGCACCAAAAGAUGAUAGCAUAGUAGCUAAAAAUGAAGUCGCGUUAUCUGGAAGUAUAGAGGAAGACUUUGAAGAUGAACCUGAUGAAACAUUCGGCGAACGACUAAUCGGACUUACAGAAAUGCUUCCUGAAAGUGUGAGGAAUUUAUCGGAAAAUGUUUUUACAAUUACCGAGAAAAGUGUUGUUUCUUUUUAUCAAUUUGCUUGCUCAGCAUCAUGGAUAUUUUUUACUAGCUCUAUGAUACUCUUUGCUCCUGUAAUUUUUGAAACAGAAAGAGCGCAAAUGGAACAAAUGCAAAAAUCACAACAGAAUCAAAUGCUUUUAGGACCCGGAACCCAAGGAAUGGCAGGAUUGGCACCUCCAAUGCCAAGAUAAAUUUGAAAGCAAAAGAAUUUGAAUCGUAGU